UUCAGUCCCCUGCAAAAGUCGACUCUGAGGUUUUAGGGUUUUCUGCCGAGACGACGCAAUCUCUUCUCUCUUGUUUUUUUUAGGGUUUUCCUGCAAAUCUAGCCAUGACUGCCCAGACCCAGGAAGAGCUCCUCGCCGCCCACCUCGAACAGCAAAGCAUCGAUCCUGAUCAGCCUACAGUUGAGGAGGAAGAUGAUGACGACGAGGAUGACGAUGACGAUGAUGACAAGGAUGAUGAUGAAGUCGAGGGACAAGAUGGAGAAGCGAGCGGUAGGUCAAAGCAAAGUAGAAGUGAAAAGAAAAGCCGCAAAGCGAUGCUCAAGCUAGGAAUGAAAUCUAUUCCAGGAGUUAGCCGGGUCACAGUUAAAAAGAGCAAGAACAUCUUAUUUGUGAUAUCCAAACCGGAUGUUUUCAAGAGCCCAACUUCAGACACCUAUGUCAUCUUUGGUGAGGCAAAGAUUGAGGAUUUGAGCUCGCAACUGCAGACUCAGGCUGCAGAGCAGUUUAAGGCUCCUGAUCUCAGUCAUGUGAUUUCCAAACCAGAGACGUCGGCCAUAGCCCAGGACGAUGAAGAUGUAGAUGAGACCGGAGUAGAGCCUAAGGACAUUGAGUUGGUGAUGACACAAGCAGGAGUAUCCAGAUCAAAGGCUGUAAAGGCACUGAAGGCUGCUGAUGGUGACAUUGUUUCUGCUAUCAUGGAACUUACCAACUGAAGUGUUUAACGAAAUGUUUCCAGUGUCAUCCCUUAUUAUGUCGUUUUUAUGGUUUUUCAGAUCAUGUGUGCGGGAAGUCUGUCUGGAUAUUUCCAGUUUUAGCCAAGUUAUGAUAUCUUUGUUGUAUCAGUGACAAACUGAGAAUUGCUUUAAACUAAAGUUUUUAUUUGGAAGUUUAAGUCCAUUAAAUUUGAAAUGUGUUGUAAUUAUAUCAGAACUGAGGCUGCCUGGUGCAUCAGGAAAAUAGGCUUCUAGGUUUGGCAUCAGGACAAUAGCCUUCUUGAUGCAAGGGAAAACAAUAUGCCUUCUAGAUGCCAUAAUCAACUGUACUGUUGGGGUCAAUGUAGGAGUAGCACUGCCGAUCUACUAGUUC